AAUGCAUAAAUGCAAUUGUAAUGAUAGGAUGUUGUCAGAAAUGUUACUAUCCCGCUAGAAAAAGAAAGACAAACCUGUACAUUAUUAAAAAGACGAAGGAGAUUUCGCGACGGCUGGAACGACGGGACGAGAAUAAAGCCAGCAAUUACACGAGGAUGAAGAUAUGGACAUUCUACCGAUAAACUUUAAGGCCCUGCGUUUUUGCGGCGCAUGGAAAGAGCGGGAGGACGACAACAUGUGCGUUGGAUUUUUGCGCCUUUGUUACAGAUACGCGGUUUUUCUCUUGAUAUACGAGUUUACGGUAUCCGAUGUGAUAGAGAUGAUUCGCACGCGCGACCGCAUUCAAGAGCUAACCGAAGGGCUCUUCUUAGGACUGACUUUCUUAACGCUGUGCGUGAAGUAUGCAAAUUUUCUGUUGCGGAAGAACGAGCUGUUGGAUUUGUUGGAGUGCCUGCGCGUGAAAAUGUGCCAGCCGAGAAAUUCCACGGAAAAGCUAAUAAUGGAAAAGCACAGCCGCAGAG